CUCCUCACAGCUCUCCUCUCACCUGCCUAACAGCACAUUCCAGUAUCAUGAUGGAUCCAUUAGAGAGGUCUUGCUGUCAGUUCCUUCCAACAUUCUACACGUGACGCCUCUUCACCUGGAGCAAGCGUGCUGUCGCUUCCUGACCGCCGCCUCAUGCAGUCAGUCAGGCAGAUCCUAGCGAGCGCCCGCUGUGACCGAGUAGACUCGUUUCGCCGGCUGCUCUCAUCCAUGGCGUCCUUCGCCACCGUGCCGCCCAGCGAGGCGAAGACGCUCCUCGAGGCCUCGCACACAUUCCUCGACGUCAGAACGGAGGAGGAAUUUGCCAAGAGCCACGUGGCAGGUGCUGUGAACGUCGCAGUGAUGACAGGCGAUCCCCAUAAAGGUGCGAGUGAGAAGCGCAGUGACUUCCUCGACAUAGUCAAGAGCAAGUUCAAGCCAGACACGCCCCUCGUUGUCUCCUGUGGGGCGGGGAGGAGGGCUGCUGUUGCGGCAACUGACCUGGUGGAAGCGGGCUUUACCAAAGUGGUCAGCUUGGAGGGUGGUCUCAAGGCGUGGAAGGGUGAAGGGUACGCGCUAGUGGAGUGAGGCUCUCUGGGUUAAGCACCAAGCCUUCGUUUGUCCUGCCAUGUCUCAAGAUUCCCCUUGUUUUAUGGGGUUUUUCUUAGAGUAGCUUAGUGACUAGAACAAAAAGAUACAGGGGACAUGUAGGGUUGGUGUAGUACCCUCUAUGGAUACAAACCUAUCUAGCUUAUAACUUCUCCGUAUAAAGCAUAUGCAUAAGUUGACACAGUACCUAGGCAAGAUUAGGGGCAGUGCCUAGCAAGCAACAUGCAGCUGAGGGUGGCACAACU